AUGAAUGUUACUGUAAACCGAACAACAAUUGAUGAUUUGAAAAACGUGACAAUAGCUUCAUCAUCAGUUGCAAACCAUGAUGCACAUCUUUACGCUUAUUUAAUUAUUGGCCCAAUGCUGGAAGCCCUACUUGGUUCUCGCAGUUGUAUUUCUGAACAAUGGAUUGACCGGAAUAAGUGCAGUAUUGAUGGGAAUACACCGAUGGAUUGUUUCUGCCACUGAAGAACAAUAUGUUGCUCAUCACAAC